AUGGCUGGUGAUCCUUCGAAGCUCAAUCAGAACCUGUAUUGCGCAUACCAUCAGGAGCCAGGUCACACCACUGAUGAGUGCAGGAACCUAAAGAACUAUUUAGAUCGGCUUGGCCAAGAAGGGAAGCUGAGACAUCUGCUGCAUCACCCUGAAGGAUGGCAGGAACCGUCGAACAAUGAAACCAGGAAAAAUACGUUGAGGCCACCCAUUGGCACAAUUAAUGUCAUUCUCGCCGCACCUAGGAGGACAGGCUCUGCCCCCUUCAGGGUAAUGUCAGUGAGCAGUUUCCCAACUGAGCCAGACGGUAGGGACCCCAAGAGAGCCAGAAUGAAUGCCACGACGUUAAUCGGGUUCACGGAGGAAGACAAGCAAGGGACUAUUCAACCCCAUGACGAUGCCCUAGUCGUCACACUCAGAAUAGGAGGUUAUGACGUGAAGAGAGUAUUAGUUGAUCAAGGCAGUGCUGUGGAGGUAAUGUAUCCUGAUUUGAAUAAGGGGCUGAGCUUGAAGCAGGAAGACUUGUCGCCAUACGAUUACCCCCUGGUCAGCUUUGAAGGAAAAAUCGUUAUGUCGAAAGGCAUGAUCAAGUUGCAUGUGCAAGCAGAUUCAGACGUGGUAGAAGUGAACUUCAUUGUCGUAGAUGCAUACUCCUCCUACACCGCUAUUGUGGCCUGGCCAUGGAUUCAUGCACUAGGGGCUGUGCCGUCAACCUUGCACCAAAAAGUAAAGUAUCCGUCAGGAGGUCAAAUCAAGGAAAUAAUAGGGAGCCAGGAAAUGGCUAGACAAUGCAUGGUGUCGGCAAUAUCACAACGGCUGAGUAAUGAGCCUUCCACUUCAGCCGAGAAGGGCUUAUAG